AUGAGUCGUAAAUCAAUUUUCUUUACUUUGCUUUUUGAAAAUAUAAAAAUGAAAUUCGUUUCAAUUUUAUUCUUCAUCCAUAUCGUGACAACUUCUGCCCUCUCCAUUGGCUCUCACGAUUCCUUUCUAGAUCCGGGCAGAAUCACAUGACCAAAAGAAAACUGAGUUAAUAACCCUAUCGAAGUUUCAAAAACAAAUGUUGGCUCGGUCGUUUCCAUUACUAUCUCUUUCAGACCUUCCACAAGUCUUUCUUCUUCUAUAAUUGAAGUCAUUUUUCCAUCAACUUUCAUUACCCGCUCUCUAAUAAUCAAUUCAAGCUCUUUAAUAGCAAAUACUGACACUUCCGUUUAUUAUUCAGGACUAAAAUUACCAACAACAGUUGGCGCUCAUGGACCUAUUGGAGUCGUUUCAAGGUCUUCACAAACUGGACAAAUUUACGAUAUAAACUAUAUUUUUGGAUUUAUAGCGACUUCUCCUAUAGCUACAACAGAUGAUUCUCUACUGAUUUCAACUGUCAGCGGUUAUCAUACUCCUGCUGUAAAAUCUACUGAUGGACUUUAUUUUAUAUUCACUUUAACAAUAAAUUUAUGAAAGCAUGAUAUAAUUGAAAUAAUUCCAGAUGAUAAUUGGACUCCUUCAUCAACUGUAAGGUGUAAUUCACAAGACAUACCUGGAAUAAAAAAUGUUAUAUAUGGCCCAAAUUCUGAUAAUAAAUUACCGUGUGCAUUAGCAGAAAAAAGCUCUUCUAUAACAGGCCCAAAAUAUAAAGCAGGACAGUCUGGGAAAAAUAGCAUUUAUAUUUAUGGGAUUUCUCAAGAUGUUUUUCUUAAAGAUGGAUCACUUCCAGUAAUUAUUAGAGUCUCAACAUUUACUUUGCCUGGGUACACUAGACUUGCAACACAAGAGAGCUGGAGCAUAAACAUAUGGAGAUGGGGAACAAAUACUUUAAUUGCUCAGUAUACAGCUUUAAUUGGACCUGUUAGUACAGGAGCAGGGGCGAUUAAGCUUAGCAGCUGAGCACCGGUUAGCAGUAUUUUGGCAAGCGACAUACCAGCUGGAGCAACUAUCUUUACUAAAGUCACUUUUACAAAUCCACAUGAAGUCCCUUCAGGAGGGAAAUGUAUUAUAAAUUUUUCAAAUGUUGAUAUUAAAACUCCAAGCUGGUGGUCAGAUUUAGAUGGAUCAAAUUCGCAAAAUUCCUUAUGCUACUUAACAACCUAUAUUGAAGGUGCUUCUUGCACUAUUGAUUCCAAAACUCAAGUAACCAUAAAAUUUUCCAUUGGAAAGCCCUCACCCUCCUUUAAAUUGGAACCAAAAAUCCUGUUCCAAUUUAAAGGGGGUUAAUCUAUUUUAAAACAAAAUAUAUAUAUUAAAUUUUCUUAAUAUUAAAAAAUAUAAGUUGAAUGCAAUAUUUUGAAUUUAAAUUAUUUUAUGAUUAAUUCAAAAAAUAAAUCUGUUUAGUGUGAAUUGUUUAAAUGAUAUUCUAUAAAAUUCAUUAAAUUAGGUCAAAACUAAUUUUACUAUUUAAAAAAUAAAGUUAGUUUUAAAUUAAAGGGGAGGGGGAGUUAGGAGAAAUGUCUAUUGCCCUUCUAACCACUUUUUCAACUGCUGCAAAAAUCAACUCAAUCACAACUUAUACGUCAUCUCUCUAUAAAAUUGAUGCUCUAAGUAGCGGAGUAUUUUGAAAACUCAGCUCAAGUAACUUUUUGCUCUCAAAAUUCCAAUAUCACGCAUAUAAAUCUGCUGUGUCAAAUAAAUAUCCGUCAAUAGGCUAUAACACAACGUGGUCAAGUGGAGAUUUAAUAGGUGCUGACCAAUCGAAGGAUUUGUAUUGGGCAAUUAAAUCGCAUGCAGGAGUUGCAUGGACUGAGUCGACACUAAUAAAAGUUUAUCUUCCGAUGUCUACAUCUCUUGCUCUAACUGAAUCAUAUAUUGAUAGUUCAAAUGUGUAUGACUUGAUUGAUCUUUUUACAGCUCAACAGUAUUUAAGUUCACAUACCUCAGCUACUUAUACCCUAUCUAUAAAGACUAACUCAAUAAUUAUAUAUUCUCUAUGUAUAGAAUUUAUAAAGAAGAUUUAUAGCUAAUUUAUAUAUUCAAUUCUAAAAAGUGCUUAUGUUAUUAAUUUUUUUAAGAUAUUCAUUUAUUUUUAUAUAUUAUCCAAGUGCCUUGCUAGCAGGUCAUUAUCUUGUGUUUUCGUAUAGUGGAAAUUCUGCUUUACCAUAUGUCCAGUCAAACUUAGGAACUUUUUAUGAGUGCUGGGCUAAAGUGACUACAGGGACACAAACUGAAAUAGGAAGCUCAGUUUUCAGUGCUUUCACAACUGAUUAUUUAGGUGUAGGAUUGGCUACACUUCCUCUGUGUUCUGACAAUAAUGCUAUUGGUAUCCCAAUUCUAAUAACUUUUAUUGCAAAAAUAAUGGCUAUUGAUUUUACAUCAGAAAGUAACUUAUUUGCAGUUGAAAUAGAAAUAUUCAAUGGAGGAAAGUUAGGACUAAAUAUAAAUGAUGGCGACUUAAUCCCUAUUUCUUCUAGCGUAAACGGAACCUAUGCAUCCUUAACUGUUAGCAGCAGCGGUUCCAGCAUCAUUAAAGUUCGAGGACUUGGGGUUGUGAGUCCAUCGACAAGCACCAUAAAAACUUUUAUUGCUACUGGAGAUAUUACAUCCUUGCCAUCAUUUCAGUCAGUAAUGACUGUUUACUAUACAAGAUUAAGUGAUCCUACUUUACAUUAUGUCUUAUAUAAAAGCACAAGUGGCUCAAUAGCUUUAGGUGGAUCUUCUCAUUUAUUUGAUGCCAGCUCUGCAUCAACAUCAAGCUCAUGGACAGUUUCAGAAAUAGGUGGUCUUUUAAUUACUGGAGCUACUCUUACAACCCCAACCUCAUCAGGAGAUUAUAUAGGGAUAAAUCUUCCAUAUGGCUUUUCUAUUUCUUCUGAUCCGAUUUUUCAAAUAAACAAUUCUCCAAUGAGCUCAUUAUAUUAUGCAUCAUCUUAUACUAAUUAUAAUAGUGUUGGAUUUAUAUUAGGUACUGCUUCUACGUCAUUUUUUAAUACUCCAACAACAAUUUCUCUGACGAAUAUUAGAGCGCCAUAUAAUUCUGGGUCAUUUAGCUUUAAUAUUUUUAGUGCGACAACAGUGGGAGGAGCUUGCAAUUUAGCUGAUGCCACUCUUACAAAUACAGUCAACCCUGGAAUUAUAAAUAAUUAUGAUAUUUCUUGCUCUCCAAAAGAAAUUUAUACUCGUGGGCCUGAUUCAGCUGAUACUGAAAUGACGAUUUCGGUAAAAACUAUUCAUGAUAUUCCAGGAAAUGGAAAAAUAGAUAUAGCGCUGGAUUCGAAUUGGCAGUAUUUCGAUAACAAUUGUGAAGUUGAAGGCCUUGAUGACUAUGAUGAUACUACUAAAGUUAAUUGUGCGAUUUCCGGAACCAGCUUAGAAAUAACAGGGUUUAGUAAUUUUAUAGCUGGAGAAAUUAUUAUAAAUAUCUUGCACACUUUUCCACCCUCCUCUGGGUCUACUGCAAAUUGUGUGAGCUCAAUAGCAACUUAUGGCCUAUGAAAUACUCCUAUUGACACUGCUUCAUCUUUAUCUCAGCAAAUUUCACUAAUUUCUUCAUCUUUACCAGGAACUUGUUAUGGACUUUCUGCUAUUGCCUACCCAAAUUUUGCAGGAGCAAAAGAUGUGGAUAUUUUCCUGACUUUUUCCUUUACAAAACCACUCCCAUGGAACACAAUAAUUUAUAUAUCUCCAGGUUUUUCUACCUGAACUCAGCAAGGAGACAUAAAAGAUUAUUGCUGGUCAAAUAUUGAUUACCUGUCUUGUAAUAUAAACAAUGGAAAAAUUGAAUUGAUUUUAUCAAAAAAAUUAGAUGAAUACUAUACUGUGCAGAUAUAUUUAGACUCUGCCUUAGAUCUUCCUAUAAAUGCUGGGGUAACUUCAAAUGGCUGACAAAUUUCAUCCUCCUGAAAUUCUGUAACUAUAACAAGUGAUAGCUUGCCAGGGAUCCCUUUCAAAGUAGAGCCCUCAAUCAAUGCGCAAAUUUCUAUAUGAGGGAUAAGUGUGAAUGAUAGAAAAAAUACUGGAGAAACCACUUCGUAUUCCUUCAAUUUUUCAAGUGAAGUGGCUGUUGAAAUUGGAGACUAUUUUGUUAUUCAAUUUCCUAGAGACUUUGAUGCAUAUAUAGGAGAUGCAGUUCAAAGCCUCCCUGAUUGUUUUCCUGAUGAUUGAUUCUUAGAUUGCAGCUCAAGCUUGCUUGGAAAAGUUGUAUGUAGGGUUGACCAUUGGUAUCUUAUAGUAGAUGAAAUUUCGUAUAGAGUGGCUGAAAAUAAAUAUAUAGACCUAACAGUUAAUAGUGUCAAAAAUCCUUCUGCAGGAGUGACUGGAUAUUUUAGCAUAUUGCAAUAUAAUGAGUUGGAAGCAAUCAAAGCUUUUAUUGGCACCAAAAAAACAGUUUCAAUUUCAGCUGCACCUAAUUUAGUCACUUUUAAAGGAGUUUCUACAGAAAAUACAGAGCUCUCUACAGAUAGGGCUUCAUAUUUCUUUGAUUGAUAUGCAACAGGAAUAUAUGAUUCUGACUAUGUGUUUUAUAUAACUUUCCCUCCUCAAUAUAAUUUGAAACUAAACCUCAAUAGGGCUGUUGGCUGCAUUCCCUCUUAUUUUGACGACUCUAAUAAUCCGAUUGCAGGAAUGGCAUGAAAUAAUGAUGGUAGUUGCACAGUGUCUGGCUCCUCAGUUUUUAUGUUAAUUGCGCCUGGGGUGUCUAACUCCCUCCAUGAAAGGGCAAAAAAACCUUAAAUCACUCUUUGAGCCAGCGAAAAAAUUUUAUUAAAUCUAUUUUGAUAAAUAGUAAUAAUUAUUAUCUAAAAUCUCUAGCUAGUUCUAUUAAAUAGCCUUGCAUUCUAAAACAUAUUUUUAUAAAUUAAAUUAAUCUUUCUUUCCAAAUUUUACGACUUUCCUUUAAAUUUAAAAAAAAAUUCGCUAAAAACCAUAAAAAAUUAAACCCCCGGGAGAGCGGGCACAUAAAUUUGCUCGCUUAUAAGAGGGAGGGACUAAAGAAUUUCAGUCUCAAUCUCGUAUCCGUUUAAAUAUUUAUGACAUUAAUAAUCCUGAGUGAGGAUUGCAGCGUUUUGAUGAUUUAUGAGAUAUCCAAGAUCCAUCCUCAUUUGGCUGAUAUUCUUUAUUUAGUGAGAAAUUUGAGGUGAGCAUCUUAAAUACAAAGACUCAUUUGGUCAGUUCUAGGUCAUAUGGAGUUCUUCAUUCAGGAUUUUUAGGAUACUCAUUAAACUCGUAUCUUAUUGAUAUCAAUGGUUAUGAUCCGAAAACAAUAGCAAAUAAGGUCCAGAUUAUCCCUGGAACUCAUAAAUAAAAUAUGGCGUCUUCGUCUGGGCAUGGCCUCCCGGCCAUGCAUACUCGACUUAUAUUUUAUUUAUAUCCGUUAAGGUUUUACUACUUCAGAAAUGGACAGCAAUGCUAGGUAAGCAAUUCUGCUGUGUUCAGAGCCUAGCCCAAGUCUAAAUUCAGAGGUGGUUUUUUCCUCGUGGGGAAGAUGAGUACGGAGGUUGGAAAGGGGAAGCCCAGCAGAGUCCCCUGGACCAAUCGGGCAACUCCCUAGCGUGAAACUGGGCGUUACGUCCCAAGCUUUCGAGUUCUACCUUCUACCGACCAGAAAAUCCAUGUUUUAUGGAUUUUCGGAAAGGCAACCCACGUUGUGCGAAUCCCUUGUUUGAGGCAACAAGGAGGGUGUCCGCCAAGGCCUCACCAUGGGCGAAGAGCGUGAAGGGGUGCAAAUCUCCGGCCCUGCAAGUGCGAACGGCUAAUCUUAAUCUUAAUCUUAAAUCCCUGGAACUCAAAGCAAAGAUAUACCGAUUUACUUGGCAUCAAAUUGGCCUUUAAGGUCAAAAUCGUUGAAAAUCAUGCCAAAAACUAAUGAGAAUUAUCCAGAUAAUGGGAAACUUAGCUAUACCUCUAUUCACCAUAAUUGAAUUAUGUGGCAAAUGGUGUCCAAAAUAUAUUUCAGAGUUGCAGCAGAUAUAAGCAUCGACAAUGGAAUUUAUUGCAUUGAUUGGGAUAUUAAGGAAAUCACACAAGAGAAAGUGGAUAAUCCGAUUUAUAGUGCACCACUGAGCUUUUUGGUUGAAGUUUGUAGUCAAGAAAAUUCAUUAGUUUCAAUUAAUGUAGCUGAUAUUCCAAAGCUAUAUAUGGGAACUACAAGUAUUCCGAUAGCUAUUAGUCUUGAGUAUAAUUAUCUUGAUUCAAUAGGCUGAUAAGGCUUGAGUUGCUUGAUUCCUGGCUUUCUAAUUGUCAACUUGCUUAUGAAAAAAACCUAAAUUCUAAGCUUUAAGAUACUCAAGCCUUUAUCAGCCUAUUUUAUAUAAAUAAGUAUAUGCUCCAGCCAAUGAUUUGAUGAUAAAAUUAAAUACUGAUUCGCAAGAAAUUUCAAUUUAUCCUUCAACUUUAUCAUUUUUACCAGACAUUGAUAUAUUGUACUUUCAGAUUGAAGUUUCCCCUUCAUACAGCCAAGGUGUAAACUAUCCUAAAGUGAGCUUUACUUUAGAAGGAACUGAUUUUUCUGCAUAUUCCACACCAUCAGCAAAAACAGUCCGCGUAAUAGAAAUGGCAAUUUCUACCCCUCAGGCUAAAAUAUCACUUGAAAGUGACAUAGUUAGUGGCACUGAAGUUGUUAUUACAGCGAAUUCAUUAGAAAAUGGGGUAGUCUAUUGGUAUCUUUCUUGUUCUGGCUCAAUUAUUCCAACCUUCCAAGAGCUGUAUAAUCUUACUUCAGAUCUUGUGAUCCCUAAUAGUCAAGCAACUCUCCAAGAUAAACUUGAUAAAGAAUAUGCUGCUACCGAAACCGAUUAUGAUCCCAAAAAAGAUCCAGACAUCAGCUCAUUCUUCCGUAGAAAACAUUCCGAGCACUGCUCAACUUUUUGGGCUUCUUCUCAAGUUCUUUACUCAAAAGUGCCAAUUCUGAUUAAUUUGAGUUUCCUGAUGGCGGGCACUUCAUAUACAUUUGCGACAUAUCUUGAUAAUAGACUGUCUUCUAAUUUUUCUAGUUAUAUUCCAACCAUAGAAAGUUUCACUACAAAACCGCUCCCGGUUAUGCAAGCUUUUUCUGUUAAUUUUCCUGGGGGUAUUUCAACAACAAACACUGAGCCAAUCAGAUAUAUUUUGGGGAAAAAUAUGGGAAUUAACCCAGAUUGGCUUAUAAGUGCAGGAGUAAAGACCGCAUCUUCUAGAAGGCUUCAAAGCGAAGGCACCACGAGUUUUAUUUAUUAUGUGCUAUGUGACAGAAGUAAAUCUUUUUAUGACUCUGCUAAGAUUAUUGCUAACUUUAAUAGUAUCCAAGCUACAAAUGAGCUAGCCAGUUUGGUCGGCAUAAAUCCAACUUAUUCAUGAAAUGGAGUAUCCUUAGGGGUGUCACCAUUAUGGACUGAAAAUCCAAUUUUGGCAGGCAUAACCUACACACAAGUGACGUUUAUUGCAACGCAAACGCAGGAUGGGAUCAUUUGUGUAUCAUGCACCAGCUCAGAAAUAUCAAAAGCUACUUAUGCCUGGCAAGUUAUUGACUCACUUGAUGGUAAUUCAGCCUCUGCUCAUGGAAAUUGUAUAAAUAGUACAGCAGAGAUAAACUCAACGCUUACUGUAUCAAGUUUGAAUCCUUCUACGAAUUAUACAUGCCAUUUUACUGCUUGCAAUGACUAUCCACUAUGGCCGGCUUGCAUUGAGGCAGAAAACGGUAUUCCUUUGGCUAAUUUAACAGUCGCAACUUUAUCUGUAGAAUUAUAUGAUUUUGGAAAUUUCAUGCAAGUCUCUUUUUCAUUGAUUCUGAUUAUUAAUUAA